AUGGCAGAUUCAAAUGAAGAUUCGCCAAUCGAUACCAGUGGUGGUGGUCCCGAUGAUACAUUGGUGCGCCUACGUAAUAUAACAAAAAUGUUUGGUUCCAAAAAACCCGAAGAUGAUGAAUUACAGUUACAAAAGGUUGAAAAAUUGGCACCAGGCGAGAAAAUCAAAAAUAGAUUUGAAAAAUUUGAAAAUAAAAGUUCUUCCAACGGUGCUGAAAAUGACGACGAUGAAGAUGAUACACAAUCAGCAGAAUCUGAUGGUGCUAUUCGAACAACACGCAAAAAGAAACCACCAAGAGAACACGUUCCAUACCAUGAAAUGGCUGAAGUUAAAGAUAAAUUCGAGAAAGGUUUAGUUGAUAGCGAAAAACCCCGUGUAGAAAAACGUUUAGAUGUUCGAGUGCAAAGUGGCCUGGCAUCAUCGAAAAAACAAGCAUUUGAACAGGGUGAAUUCGAACAAGAAACUGAAUCACAUGUCAACAAAGUCCAAAUCGAUGCUGAUCUUGUUGCUGGCUUAACAUCAGCAAAAAAACAAGCAUUCGAACAACAUAAAAUUGAUAAUGAUGCAAAUCUGCCAAAAUCCACUUUUAUUGAUGCUGAAGCAUUUUCUGGUGCAACCACAGAUAAAAAAGCUAAAUUUGAAAAAGGUGAAUUUGAUCAAGAAUAUCAUGAACAUGGUUCAAAUCGCGUACAAGCUGACGCUAAUCUUCUUGUUGGUGCAGCAACGGAAAGAAAAGCUAAAUUUGAAAGUGGCCAAGUAUCGGAACGUGCAACAACGCCAGCACGUUCUGAUGAAAUAGCAGCUAUGGUUGGAGCAGGUAAUGCACAAAAUAAACGUUCAGAACUCUUAUCAAAAAUUGAAGCUGAACAACAAGUACAACGUUCUGGUGAUCGACACAUCGAUAUUGAUACUGAACAUGGCUUAGCAGGAGCACGACGUGAACAAUUAGCAACAUUGGCCAAUAGUGAAUUUAAAUCAACAGAAAAACAUAUCGAUGUAACAACUGGUUUAACAAGUACAAUUAAAGAACAGUAUAUGGCUGAUACAAGUAAACCAGUAAAAUCAACUGCUGCACCUGUUUCGGUCGAAAGUGGUUUAGCUAAAAGUCGUGCUACAGCAUUUGAAAAUCCCGAGGACACUUCUACAAUCAAACGAACAGUAGAAAUCGAUAAUGAACUUCUUGAACGCGGUGUAGCCAAAGAACGUGUGGCUAUGUUUAAAAAUUUACAAAGUGGUGCACAACCAACAGCAAGUGGAGGCGGUGGAGACUCAAAAUUACGUGUUGAUCGUGUCGAAUUCUCUGACACGCUUGUCAACAUGAGUGUGAGCCUGAAGAUAAAAUCAACGGAUACGAACAAAAGCGGUGUUUCCACCACCUCCGGUGAGGAGAACGGGAACGUGGUUCGUGAAAGUGAUAGGCGUGAAGAAAUCUACUUUGAAAAGGGUCAAACAAAACAGCUUGUCGAACAGUGGAAAACAAAACAAACAUCACCCGAACGAGAUACGCCUGACGCCCAAGUAGUACGUGACGCUGAAAUACUACAACAAGGUAAAGCAAAGAAUCUUGUUGAAUUGUGGAAAACGAUGGAUAAAGAGAAUACACCACCUCCCGAACGACGUGGGCAACGUGCGAUUACACCACCUUCUGAUAACGACCGACGUUUACCAGCAUCUGAAAAUGAUGAAGUGGCUUCUCAGAAACCAGGUUAUGCCGACGAUAAAGCUAAUAUUGAAUCAGGUCAUGCCAAGGCUGUCCGAGAAAGUGACGAAGAGCAUGUUGGUAUUGAGAGUCUUAUCUCUAUUGUUCAUGACUUAUGGAAUCAGAAGACUAAGCAAGAUGAACUUAUGCAAAAUGUUGAACAAAAUAAUACAACAACUACAAGAAAAUCCUUGAAACAAGUCACACCACCACCGGAUGGUGUUCGAAGAAUAUCAACAACACAACAAGAUACAGAACAUAAUUCAAGUGGUAUUAUAGAACAAUACAAUGAUAGUGAAGAAUUCGUACCAACUAAAGGUCAAGCUCAAUCAUUGAAAAAUCGUUUUGCUGAAUUUGAAAAAGAUGCACUUAAAGUUGAAACAGCUUCAGCAAAAAUAAAAUAUACACCAAAACGAUUUGUUGAUACACCGGCACCAAAACAAGUCAGUGUUGAACCAGCUGUCGACCCAAAUAAAUGUUCUGUAUGCCAGAAAACAGUAUAUGCAAUGGAAAAAAUCGAAGCGGACAAGAAAAUUUAUCAUAAAUCCUGUUUUAAAUGUAUGCAUUGCAAAUCGAUAUUAAAGCUCGGAAAUUUUACAGCUAACGAUGGUCAAAUCUAUUGUAAACCGCAUUUUCUUCAGUUGUUUGCUAUUAAAGGAAAUUAUUCAACUGGCUUCGGUCUAAACGAUCACAAGGCACGAUGGUUAUCAAAUUCUUCUUCUUCUCCUUCAUCUUCUCCUAGUAGUAUAUCCAAUACACAUGAGUCAGCAAUGUCCAGCGAAAGUUAA